AACCCAGGUCCGAGUCACUACCAGGUGUACCUCACAGCUGUAUCUUCUUCCUUAGCAUUCUACACUGUAUUAUAUAACAAUUGUAUUAUAUCACCUUUCCUUUCCUCUUCCCGGCACAUGUCUUUUCGCGCCUCUUACCGUGUCGAGUCCGUCCCUCGAAUCUCAACACUUGCACGAGUCCGACUAAGACCACUUGCCUCUCUUACUUCUCUUACUGGCCCUUCAACCACACCAACCACACCAACCGCAACCGCAUCUCGGUGGAGACAGAAUCACUCCUGGCGCAGUCCUGCCUUAACCACUCCACCCUCUUACUGCUCUCGCCUUACGACUUACUCCUCACUCACCUCGGUCCCACGAACCUCUCCCUUUGAGAAGGUUAGAAGUACUACGCUGUCGAAGACACCCCUCAGACACUGUUCAUACCGGAGACAAAACAUGUGUAGACUUGCUGGAGACGUCGAGCAUACUGGAGGGGCAGCGCCAGACCCUACUAAGGGUCGCGAGCUCCUCCCGACCAACGUCAUCCCGACGCACUAUGAUGUGACUUUAGAACCUAAUCUCGACAAGUUCACAUUCGAGGGAAAGGUCCUUAUCGAUUUCGAUGUGAAGGAUGAGACCAAGUCCAUCUCUCUUCACACCAUCGACCUCGACAUUCACAGCGCUCACAUCAAGUCUGGUGACAACGUUAUUAGCUCUUCCUCCGCGAUUACCUACGACAAAUCCAAGCAGGUCUCCAAGAUCGAGCUUAAAGAUGCUAUUCCAACGGGCAAGACUCAGCUGGAAAUCAAGUUCAGCGGCCAGCUGAACGACCAGAUGGCAGGAUUCUACAGAUCUACCUACAAGAAGUCCGAUGGCUCUGAAGGUAUCCUCGCUACGACGCAGAUGGAGGCCAACGACUGUCGCCGCGCUUUCCCCUGUUUCGACGAGCCCAUGCACAAGGCAAAGUUUACCGUCACCCUCAUCGCAGACAAGCACUUGACUUGCCUCAGCAACAUGGACGUUGCUUCCGAGUCGGAGGUGCACUCAGAUAUGAGCGGGUCUACGAAGAAGGCUGUCAAGUUCAACACCACUCCUCUCAUGUCGACUUACCUCGUUGCUUUCAUUAUUGGUGAACUAAACUACAUUGAGACGAAGAAGUUCCGUGUCCCAAUCCGGGUGUACGCACCCCCUAGUUCGGACAUCGAACACGGUCGUUUCUCGCUCGAGCUCGCCGCGCGAACUUUGGAAUAUUACGAAAAGAUCUUUGGAGCUGAAUUUCCGCUGCCUAAGAUGGACAUGGUUGCUAUCCCUGAUUUUGCGGCAGGUGCUAUGGAAAACUGGGGUCUCAUCACUUACCGUGUCGUUGAUCUUAUGCUGGAUGAGAAGGCUAGCGGUGCAGCCAUGAAAGAACGUGUUGCCGAGGUUGUGCAGCAUGAAUUGGCGCACCAAUGGUUUGGUAACUUGGUGACUAUGGACUGGUGGGAAGGUCUAUGGCUGAACGAAGGUUUCGCGACUCUGAUGAGUUGGCUUAGCUGCAACUACUUUUACCCAGAGUGGAAGGUCUGGGAGAACUACGUUACGGACAACCUCCAGAGUGCUUUAGGACUAGACUCGCUGAGAAGCAGUCAUCCUAUCGAGGUACCAGUUAAGCGCGCCAGCGAGGUUGAUCAAAUUUUCGAUGCUAUUUCCUACUCCAAGGGUUCGUGCGUCCUUCGCAUGAUUUCUACCUAUCUUGGUGAGGAGACCUUCUUGGAAGGUGUUCGGAAAUACAUCAAGAAGCAUGCCUACGGUAACACUCAAACGGAAGACCUGUGGGCAGCCCUUGAAGAGGCAAGUGGCAAGCCUGUCAAGGAGAUCAUGUCCAUCUGGACCAAGAACGUUGGCUUUCCCGUAGUCCAGGUUACGGAAAAUGCAGCGGAUAGCACAAUUCGGGUCAAGCAGAAUCGGUUCCUGAGGACUGGUGACACGAAGCCCGAAGAGGACCAAGUGCUGUAUCCAGUCUUUCUAGGCCUCCGAUCAAAGGAUGGUAUAGAAGACUCCCUUACGUUGACGAAGAGAGAAGAUGUGUUCAAGGUUAAGGACUUGGACUUCUUCAAACUGAAUGCGAACCACACGAGCAUUUACAGAACAAGUUACACACCAGAACGCCUCACUAAGCUAGGCCAGUCCGCCAAGGAGGGCUUACUCACGGUUGAGGACCGCGCUGGUAUGAUCGCCGAUGCCGGUGCUCUUGCCGUAUCGGGUUAUCAGAAGACGUCUGGUGUCCUGAACCUAUUGAAAGGUUUUGACACAGAGGAGUCGUUUGUUGUAUGGAGCGAGAUCAUCGCUAGGGUUGCGACUGUUCAAUCGGCCUGGGUAUUUGAGGACAAGACCGUGAAAGAUGGACUCGAAGCCUUUGUUAAUGAGCUCAUUAGUGAGAGAGCUCAUAAGUUAGGCUGGAGCUUCUCGGAUAAGGAUGGUCACGUUGAGCAACAAUUUAAGUCUAUGCUGUUUGGUGCAGCUGGUAUGGCCGGAGAUCAAGCCAUCAUCACUGCAUCGAAGGAGAUGUUCAACAAGUAUAUGGAUGGUGAUAAGUCAGCCAUCCACCCGAACAUCCGAGGUAGCGUCUUCAGUAUGGCUCUGAAGUAUGGUGGAAAGGAAGAGUACGACAAAGUUCUCAACUUCUUCCGUACCUCCAGCAACAGCGAUGAGCGCAAUACCGCUCUACGAUGCAUCGGCCGGGCUAAGGAGCCGGCCCUUAUCAAGAGCACAUUGGACCUUGUCCUUAGCGGCGAGGUCAAGAGCCAAGAUCUAUACCUUCCAGCAAGCGGGCUGAGAAGCCAUGCAGAGGGAAUUGAUGCGUUGUUCACCUGGCUAACUGAGAAGUGGCCGGAAAUCACCAAGCGUCUUAGUGGAAACGCCCCUAUCCUGGGCUCGAUGGUUACUAUCUGCACGUCCAGCUUCGCGAAGCCAGAACAAUUACAGAGGGUGGAGGAGUUCUUCAAGGACAUCGACACCAAGGCGUUCGCGCAACCCCUUGCCCAAAGCAAGGAUGCCAUCCGUAGCAAGAUCUCCUGGCUGGAACGUGACCGUGACGAUGUUGCGGCGUGGGUCAGGGAAAACGGAUACGGCGGUAGCUCGUAAAAGUAAAAGUGAAUCUAAACAAUGAAUCACGAGAUUUCUGUAUGGGUUUUUAGAGGGCAUUUGCUAGGAAUUGUUUUCAUAUGCAGAAAGGAGCCCGAGAGAUACCCGUAGACAAGGAUAGAAAAAGUAGUUCUGUUCAUGGAAAAGCAGAAAAAUGAAAUCUAUUACUUGAAGCUAUUGAUGAGAUAUUAUCUUGACUUGUGUAAGAUUCUUACUUGCGUGAGAGGUUCUCGGUGCCUAUAUACACCUAAGAACAGCGCAAGAAGUCUUGGACUUAUCGUAUCGUAGAGGCUAUAUCAGAGGAAAAGCAUGUAUAUAAGCUGGUCAGUAUAACAUCGCAGCUAUCCGUGGAUAUAUACAAGUGGUUAUAUAGACAUAGGAAUGAUUAACCUAGCUAUCCCGGUUUCAAGUGUUGUUAUUGGCUUGUGUUACUUCACAUGCUGGUUUUUAUUCUUGCCCUUCCCCAACGAGAUAGGUCGAUACGUAGAGGGGUAACGUGUUACAAAAACAAAACUUUCUUCAUGUCCUUGACGUAUGUCGGGCCGGUGAUGGCGCCAGUGGGCUAGUUCAACGGUCCAACAAUUUUUAAUUUUUAUCCCAAGCCAGAUUACUUGAAGCAGUUACGGAGUAAUUAUUAGGGUACUUGUGUAGCCAAGUAAGCUUGGCGUAUGAGACAUGUA